AUGGGCCCAACGAUAGGCAAUUACUGUCUUUCCAAUCCAAAUUUACAAUAUCUACUAACAUAUCCAUCUUUAAGCAAAACAGUUGCGAAUCCAGAAGUUGCUGAUAGUAUAUAUAAUGAAAAUAUAGAAUUCUCGAAUAUUCUAACACCAAAACCAUCAGAAUUCUUACAACCACCACCGAUCGAAGCGUUUAGCAGCUAUCACGAUGAUCAAGCAUAUAUUGCACAAGACCAAAAUGCAUAUCAAAGUAUUGUACCAAAAAAGAAAACAAUACUUAUGUAUCCAAAAAAAUAUGUACCAGAACCAAAGAAAAAUAUUAUAAUUGCGAAAAAACCAAUUUAUAUGGAACCAGAAAAUAUUUAUAUUAAACCAAGCAGUUAUCAAUAUAUGAUUAAACCAAAUAAGUCUGAUUUAUUAACGGAUUAUGGAGCAAGUGCUUCUUAUGGAGCGAGUGCUCCUUAUGGCGCAAGUGCUCCCUACGGAGCGAGUGCCCCUUAUGGAGCAAGUGCUCCUACGAGAUAUGCAGUGAGACCACCAAAAAUUGAAAUGGCUGAAUUAGUACCUAUAACAUAUGCUCCAAGUGGAUUUGAAUCAAAUCCAGCGGCAAAUAUGUACAAAGAACCUCAAGCUGAUUACAGCUACGAUGAAUCCUAUUCGAUUAUUCCAAAAUAUCAAACAACACCAAAAUACGUUCAAGAGCCCUAUUUACCAAAUACAUUUGGUGCAAUUCCAAAAUAUCGUCAGUUCGAACAACCUGAAAAAUUUCGAAAUGCCUACGCACCGGAACAAUUUAGUACAGAAUCCGUGAAUAAUUAUGAGAUAUAUUCGGUUACUCCAAAAUAUCAAAAUAUUGAAACAUCUUCAAAAGCAUUUCAGAAUUCUUACAUCCCAGAACAAUAUUCAACGGAAUCCAUAAAAAAUUACAAUGUUUAUCCGGUUACUCCAAAAUAUCAUAAAUUGGAAACAUCUUCGAUACGCUAUGUACCCCAAGAGUAUACUACGGAACCAGUUAAAGAGUAUGAAGCAUAUUCUGUCACUCCAAAAUAUCGUCCUGUGGAAAUAUCAUCGGUGACUCCAAAAUAUCGUCCUGUGGAAAUAGCAUCGGUUACACCAAAAUAUCGUCCAGUUGAAAUUGAAACAGAUGCUUAUGCAAUUACUCCAAAAUAUCAUCCAGUUGAAACGUCAACUGAAAGUUUUCGAAACGUUCAUCCCGAAUUUAAAAGCUUCGGUAGUAUUUAUAAAAAUGACGAGAAAAAUUAUCGAACUUAUGCCGCAGUACCAAGUUUUGAUUCGUAUUCGUUAGUUCCACAAUUUUCUGAGGAUGAAGAAGACGCAGAAACUAAAGCUAAUGAAUUUUCCACACUCUCACAAAAUGUGAAUUACAAUCCAACUGAAAGUUAUUCAGAAUUUGAUCGAAAUCGUUUUAUUAAAAAGGAAAAACCAUUUUCGAAAAAUCCAUUCUUAAAUUCAGAAUAUCAAAAUAAUCCAUUUUUAAAUAGUUUUGAUCAAGCAAAAUUAGUAAGCAGUAAAAAAAAUCCGACUAUUCAAGAAAAACGAAUUUUAAGAAAAAAGAAAAAAUAUUCGACAGUUCCACAUCGAUUUUCAUCCUCUCACACACCCAGUCCUAAUGUUGAAAGUUCAACGUUUGAAGAUCGACAAUUUACAAUCACAGAAAAUCCAAAUAAACUUUUCAUAACAACGGAAAAUUUACAAUCAUCCACAACUGAAAGACUGCCAAGAAAACAUUCACAGAAAUUUGAAAAGAAAUACGAUGAUGCUGAAAGUGAAUCGGCCGAUUUAGAUCCAGCUGUUGCGAGGGAACUAAAUCAGGAAGCGUCAAUACUUUUAUCAAAUGUUAGUCCAGGUCAAUAUAAUAAUGUGAAAAAUGAUCGAUUACAAUUUCAAAUGCAUGGGCAUCAAGGACCGCAUAGUUACAAAUUUGGUUUUGAUACUGGCAAAGGGCAUGAAAGACAAUUUCGAUAUGAAGAAAGGGACAAUGGAGGUUUUGUAAAAGGACAUUAUGGUUUUUAUGAUAAAGAAGGAAAAUUACGAGUUGUUAAUUAUGAUUCAGAUCCACAUACCGGAUUCCAUGCUCAUCCCGAAGAUACAGAAUGAUACCUAUGAUACCUAAAAUUUCUAUUGUUGUUUUAUAGAUAUAAAAGUUAGGAUCGUUAUUUAAAAUUUUUAUAUAGAGAUAUUAUACGACAGAGGUUCUAAAAUAUUAGAACAAAGAGAUUAUAAACUAGAAUUUCCUUGGCAAAAUUACGAAUUCGGAAUUUUCCGAGUCUUUUUUACGACAAU